GUGAGAGUCCUCUUCCUACCAGCAUCAACAAGCUAUUAUCAUAGAGAGCACGUGUGAAUCCGUUGAAGCACUGCAGCUUCUUCUUUUUUCUCCUACGUCUCAUCCGAAAUCUCACUCUCCAACUAUCUUCCACAAUGGCGGGCAUAGACUCAACGGCUACUCACGCCAUAACCAAGCCGUCCGUCCCCGUCGUCACUUCGUUCCCCUUCAAUCCUCUCACUACAACUUUCACCCGUCCCGAUGAUUGCGACGGCAUCUACGUAUCUGGUUUUCUCAGCGGCAUAGACUUCUCCAAGUCCUGCCUCCCAAAAGGCUUCCACACCGACCAGACCUCCUACUUCUCACCCGGCUUGGCAUGUCCGUCUGGCUACUACUCGGCCUGCCAUGACAAUAUCGGAGCAUCGCGAAUCACGACCGUAACGUGCUGUCCGACGUUUGCCACCGAUAUAUCGCUUUCCUGCGUCACGGCGAGUACGCUUGAGAGCGUUUGGUCAACUCUGUUUUGUACAUGGAUUGCGCCUGAUGGAGACGGCACGACGCUGCCCAUGACGGUGAGCAACAAUGGCAUUACAAGCACAGUCCAGGGCUCCUUUACUGCUCCGGGGGGUUUGAACGCCUUUGGAAUUAGAAUGGUAUACCACAAGACCGACACGCAAUCGACAACCAUGGCAACGACGACAACAACAACAAGAAGCGCAGCAACAACGGGGACAAAGCCAGGAGGAGCAAAAAACACAGGCGGUUCGGAUUCUAGUGACUCAUCCGGUGGUUUGUCAACUGGUGCCAAGGCAGCAAUUGGAGUUGUCGUGCCCGUUGUCGUGCUCGGUUUGCUGGCCGGUCUGUUCUUCUGGUGGAGAAAGCGGCAGCAGUACAACAAAGUCGUCUCAUCAAGCACGCCCACGGAGCUCCAGGGUCGAGAGGUAGCGCCGGCGGCCGAGAUGCCACAGUAUAGCGGCCUGAUGAACAAACCUAAACCGGCGACCGAGGCGCCUCCGGGAGAGCUGCCUGCGGAAGAGCCUCCUGCGGUUGAGCUUCCCGCCGGGCCGAUGCACUGAAAAGCUGGCUAGAUUUUUUGGUGAAUAGAGAUGUGGUUCUUGGUGUUUGGUUGUACGACCGGUUGUUCUUCAACUGGGGGAGUUUGUAUGGGUCUUGGGCGUUUUGAGAGCUGCCUACGAAACGACUGAUGGUAUUUUGCUUUCUCUUCUUUUAAUACCUUUUUUUUUUUUAUAUCGAUGGCUGCAUGAUUGCAUGUACAUUAUCUUUUCUACACAAUUGGGUCGAAUUUUGUCACGAGGGUAUGCAGUGAGAGUUGUCAGGGGGUGACUGUUUGUUGUACAGUACGCUGUAUGAGGUUUUAAAAGGGGGAUUUCCCUAUGGUUGGCAUGAGCAUUGUAUAGUCACAACAGCUGUGUUUAAUUUACUGUGGGGCAUAAUUAUAGAUAUUAUAUACCUUGAC